AAGAUCAAGGGAUUCUGCAAAGUCGCACGCGAGGCCGGCUUCCGUCUCGCAUGGAACGAUGCAUGCUGCAUCGACAAGACGAGCAGCGCCGAGCUCUCCGAGGCCAUAAACUCUAUGUACGAGUGGUAUCGGCUCUCUGACAUGUGUUAUGUGUACCUCGCCGACGUCCCGGAUGGCGACAGCCCCAUAAGCCCUAUCUCCAGGUUUUCUCAGAGUCAUUGGCACACUCGAGGCUGGACGCUGCAGGAACUUAUCGCCCCCGAACGCGUAGUCUUCUUGACGAAUACCUGGAGUUUCCUAGGAACAAAGAAGGGCCUCGCUAAAACUCUGCAGAAAGUCACUGGAGUUGCGUUCGACGUUCUUACCGGAGGGGUCUCGCUGGAAUCGGUCAGCGUUGCGCGGAGGAUGUCAUGGGCUGCGAAGCGAAGCACGACGCGCCUCGAGGACCAGGCCUACUGCCUGAUGGGUAUCUUCGGCGUCCACAUGUCGCCGAUAUAUGGUGAGGGAGAGAACGCGUUCUAUCGUCUUCAAGAGGAGAUAAUCAGGACCAUCCCCGAUCAUAGCAUUUUCGCCUGG